GUUUUUUUCGUAUUGGAGUUGUAGUGGUCGGUAGAAUCGGACGCGAUGGGUGUUCAUACCUAUAUAUUGUUUUUCUUGUUCCUACAUGGGGUGUACGGUAAUAAUCAAUUGCGUGCUGAUAAAGUGGACUAUAGGAGUGCGUUUGACCAGGAUUUGUACGAGGAUGUGUUGAACCAAGAACUAUGUAACCUGCAGCUCUCGCUAUUGGCUAAUGGCACCGACUAUUUGGAAUUUCUCGACGCCAGCGGUAGGUUUCCAAGUGGCUUCAUGCAAGGGAACUGGCACGACUUUGGAGACUACUACCAGUGCCUCGGCAUUAACAAAGUUAUACAGGACGUAGACAUCCAAGGGAAAUACUGUGCGAUACAGGUUCCUCUGCAACAGGAUCCUAUUGAGAUUCCCGAAUUCCCAUCCAUUCCGGGAGGGGAUGGUUGGCCAGAAGAUUGGCUGCCAAUCUUCCCUACUGCAGCCCCACCCACAGAAGCACCAGGUGACCCCCCUGCAGGCCCGCCCGCAGAAGAACAAGCUAAGAUAUAUGCAAACUACAUGAGACUGCAAGCUUACGCCCGAGGUAUAUCAGGAGUGGGUGAACCAGUUGAGUCAAGGGUUUUCCCAAUUCUCAUAACAGCAAACCUUAGAUCAAUGAUAGGAGUUUGCAUUCCGAAAGCGUGCACACCUACUCAUGCGAUCGAGUUCUUCCAAUCAAGGAUCCCAUUUGUGAACUUUACUUAUAAUGAGUACUACUGCCGGCUUCCUAAUGAUAAACCUUUUGCAACAGCUGAUAUAGUCGCUAUUGUAAUCUUCGGUUUUAUCGGACUUCUGACAAUAACGAGCACUUGCUAUGAUUUGUAUCAAACGUUCGUUCUAAAGCGGGAUGCCCGGCAGGUCAAUCAGUUAUACGCCUGCUUCUCCGUUUACACCAACACCCGUCGUACGUUGACCUUCAGCUCCGCCCCCGGGACGCUCGAAUGCGUGGACGGCAUCAGAGCCAUCUCCAUGCUAUGGGUCGUGGUCGGACACACGUACAGCAUGACCUUAAUUGGUUUCAUUCAUAACACAGUAGAAUUUAUGGCUAGUUUAUCAUAUUUCUCCAGCACCUGGGUGACUUCAGCGCCUAUUACUGUAGACACGUUCUUCAUGCUGAGCGGUAUCCUAGCAGUCUACACUGUCAUCGGAAAGAUCUCCAGAAGGCGUUUUAUCCGGACAAUCCAUCUGUUCUACUUGAACCGGCUUCUCCGGAUGUUCCCACUCCUGGCAGCCAUGGUCUUGCUCCAAGCUUCAUUCUUCAACCAUGCGUCGGACGGCCCCUACUGGAUCAACCAGGCUUUGGCCACAGAAAAUUGCAGAAACUACUGGUGGUCUGCACUGCUGCACAUUCAGAACUACGUGAAUCCUUUGAAUACCUGCCUUCCACAAACCUGGUACCUAUCAGUGGAUGUUCAGCUUUACAUAGUGUGUCCUCUAGUCCUGGUCUUCCUGUUUGGCCGAGAGAAGCUCGCUUGGAUAGUUCUCACCGCCUUCGUUCUACUGUCUCUCGUGGGCUCAUCAUUGUUUAGUUUCUUAUAUAACUUCUCAGCUGCAUUAGCUAACCCAAGCCGUUUAGCUGAAUUCACAGAUUAUCUAAAAUACUACUACUUCAACACUUUGGCCCGAGCUCCACCUUUCUUUAUUGGAAUGGUUUACGGCUACCUACUGUACUUGUGCAAAGAUAAGAAGAUCAGGAUUUCUAAAAUCAGCGUGGCGAUCCUGUGGUGCCUCUCUUUCGCCAUGUUUGCGUUCUGCAUCUUCUCCAUCUACCCAGUGAUGCAGCUCGACCACACCGCUCAGACUUUUGACAACUUCCUGAACUCCUACAUGCGUUCCAUCUGGGCCAUUGGUCUGGGCUGGUUGAUCUUUGCCUGUGUUCACGGCUAUGGCGGCCCCAUCAACUGGUUCCUCUCACUCCAAAUUUGGAAGCUACCAGCUCGUCUGUCGUACGCCGUGUAUCUGAUUCAUAUGGCCGUUAUAUUCACUGGUACUGGAAGCUGGCUGAAGACUUACUACUACACCGAAAGCAAAAAUAUGUACAGGUUCGCUGGUGACAUCUCCAUAUCAUUCCUCUUCGCAUUUAUCCUGAGCGUCUUGAUCGACGCACCCUUCUCCACCAUCCAAAAGAUUCUUAAUGGUACCAGCAAAAGACCAAGGAAGCCCGUAGAAUCUAUAAACCCAGUUUCCGUGAUAAAAGACGAAGACAAUUUUGUUAAGACUUCGUUAUAGAAGAAUUCAUAAUAAAGACUGAAAUAUAAUUAGGGAAACAAGCUCAUAAACUAUGAAAAAACAAUAAAUAAAGACUGUGAGAAGGAGAAAGCAAAUCGCAUCGCAAGAGUCACUUCUUACAAAUAAAAGUGAUUGAAUUCUGCAUCGAUUCAUCAUCAUCAUCAUCAUCUCAGCCUAUCGCCGUCCACUGCUGAACGUAGGCCUCCCCCAAAGAGCGCCAACCAUCCCGGUCCUGGGCAGCGCGCAUCCAUCCGAACUUCUUGAAUUCUGCAUCGAUUACGUCAUAUUUAAAAAGCAAUAAUCAUGACUAAGGGUUCUAGUGAAUAAUUGUAAUCUUGAUAAUGUGUAUAUCCGUGUC